AUGGAGCCCCAGGCUUCACAGGCCCAACGUACAGAGAGCACUGUGCCUGGGGAGGCCAAAAAGGCCAGGAAAAAACUCCAGUAUAUGAGGACGGCUCCAGCUAACCUGGUCACUCUGCGCAGUCUCCUAAAAAAGAAAAGAAACAAGUCUGCCAUUGCCAAGAGGUCGGGAGAACAGAGUAAAAAUUCCAACGAGGUCAGCGGUUUGGGCUGUGUAGUUAUUCCCAACUGUCAGCGUUUCAAUAACAUCCACUGCUUUCUGAUUUUCUACUGCACCUUGAUGAUCGCUCAAGGUAUUGUGUUUGGUCUUGUAGAUCUGAGCAUCGACACAUUUCGGCGGGACAGUAGUCUGAAUGCCAUUGCUAGUAUGUUGUUGUCAUUGGUUUAUGAUGCUUCAUCUUGCCUGAUGGUAGUAUUUAUAGCAUACUAUGGAGGGAGAGGAAACAAACUAAAAUGGAUUACAGUGUCCUCCAUUUUAAUAGGAUUUGGAUCACUUUUAUUUGCUUUUCCAUACUUUAAUAGUGAAAAUUAUAAAUUAAGUGUAGAAACUGAAGAUAUUUGCAAAGAAAUGAAGAUUAUCAAAACUUGCAAGAGAAGCAUGCCAUUCCCAUUAAAAUAUGUAUCUUUCUUCAUCCUUGGGCAGAUUGUUUUUGUCCUUGGAGUAAACUUUCUUAAUGACAAUGUUGACACAUACUCAGCUGGAAUUUAUUUAGGCCUUGUGGAAGCUUCAGGAACAAUUGGAUAUGCUUUGGGCUAUGUGAUAGCAGCACCCCUAAUUAAGACCUUUGAGGAUAUUAUUUUUGAUACUAGCACUGGAGGCAGUAAUAAUAGUCAAUCCUGGCUACGGACUUGGUGGAUUCGUUUUGUUUUUGUCUCAAUUAUUUCAUGGUCUACAUCAAUACCAUUGUCAUGUUUUUCACAUCCUUUACAAGGUACAGCAAGGAUAAAACCUGGGGAACACAAAAUGCCUUUUUUUUUGGACAAAAAACAUAAAGAUCAGGAAUUUGGAACUAGUAUCAAAGAUUUAUUUGCUUCUAUUUUGAUUCUGAUAAAGUCUCCAAUGUUUGUGUCUCUAGCUCUGGCCAGAGCUUCAGAAUCUUUACUUAUAAUAGGAGCUUCUGCAUUUUUGCCUAUAUAUAUAGAGAAUCAGUUUAUGGUAACACCCAGAAAGGCAGCUACACUUUCAGGACUUGUUUUAAUUCCAGGAGGAGCACUUGGCCAGCUUCUGGGAGGUAUCAUUGCUUCUAAGUUACAAAUAUAUUGCAAAGGCCUUCUGACAUUUAUAAUGGUUACAUCUUCGAUAACACUUGUGCUGGUCGUGUUUAUAAUUUUUGUAUACUGCAACCCAAUACAAUUUGCUGGGAUCAAUGAAGAUUAUGGCGGAACAGGACAGUCUGGAAACCUGACAGCUCCUUGCAAUUCUCAUUGUGGAUGUUCAUCUUCAUUUUAUUCCACUGUAUGUGGAAGAGAUGAUAUUGAAUAUUUUUCUCCUUGCUUUGCAGGGUGUGCAUAUUCUAAAAUAUUAGAAAAUAACCAGAAGACAUACUUCAAUUGUUCUUGCAUUAAUGAAGGAUUAAUAACUCCAGAUGAUCAAGGUGAUUUUAUUGAUGCUCGAUCUGGGAAAUGUGAUACAAAGUGCUCUAAAUUGCCUCUGUUCAUUGUUCUUACCUUUUGUACAAUUGUAUUUGCUGAUUUUGCUGGUAUACCAAACCUCCUAACCAUCCUUCGUGUUGUAUCUGACGAACAGCGUUGUUUGGCCUUGGGUGUGACCUAUGUGAUUUUGAGAGUAUUUGGGAGUAUACCUGGACCAAUUGCUUUUAAAAUGAUAGGAGAAACUUCUUGUACCUUUUGGGAUACUGGAUACUGCGGGAAAAGAGGAAGUUGUUGGAUCUAUGACAUGACAAAAAUGGCCUACCUAUUCGUAGGAAUAUGCUGUUUUUGCAAAGUAUUCACUAUCAUCUUCACUUCUAUUGCAUUUUGCCUGUACAAAUGUUUACUGAAGGAAAACAAUGACAUCCUGCCUAUACCUGCGAAGAAUCUAAAAAUUGAGAAAAAGAAAAAUACUAAUUUAUAA